UAACGUAGACUGCAUUUCGAUUGGCCUGUGCACGUCACUCUACAAGCCCCGCCUUCUUCAGAGGAGCAUACAUACUUCUCUGGCUGUCGCAGUGAACAAGAAACUUCAACACCACAGACACCAAAAUGAUCAAUUGGAAGGCUUUGGACAAUGUCCCCAUGCUUCUGUACAUCCUGGCCCUGAAGACACUGCUGCUGUGUAUGGCGUUUGCCGGGGCGAAGAUCUACCAGAGUAAGAAAGCAGAGCAGGCCCUGAAGAAGCAGCAGGAUGAGAGGAGGAGGCUGGCCCAGCAGACGCAGGAGCUCAUAGACAACAAGAAGGAGGACUGAGCAGAGAGGAGAAGCUGCUCUACACAGGGAGACGCGUUACCGACCUGAGGAACAAGCCACUUACUCCACAUAUGAGCCAGAUGUCUGACUGUCAGCGACAGGAGGACCUUCCUGUGCUUUAGGGAAUUGUUUGUGGUUCCAGUACCAGUUUUUUUAUAUAUAUAUAUAUAUAUAUAUAUAUUGUGUAAAUGUUUGACUGAACCAGUUUUUUACGAAAUGAAGUUAUAGCAGUAACCAUGUGGUCUCACUAAAGUGAGACUCAGACGAGGGACUGUUAAACAGAGAUGGACUCAGUAUAAGAACCACAGCAGAAUCAUUUACAAAACAUCCACUCCUUUUUGAGCCUCAUCUUUUGUCUUGUUUAUACUCGUAGAUCUCAACACUUCAAUAAGCUUCACUGUGUACACCGGGAUAGUGGUACAAUCAAAGCUUGUCAAAUCUACAUAUUAUUAAGAAUACAGCAUGGUAUUUAUUCUGUAAUAUUCUUUGUAAUUUGUGAGCCAGCUUUGUGCCAAACUUGUGUAAUUACAUUAAAUAGUUUGUUCCACAUGGUA